UGCCAGCCACCCCGAGACUCCCCACGCGGCAGGCAGCGUCUCCUCUGGUCUCACAGCCACCCUGGGCUGGAGCGUGGGGAGGGCGUAAGGGAGCCAGCCAACUCGGGGAAACUUUGUCGCCAGAGAUGACUGGGGUUUUCGGGCUUUCCCAGCCUUCCCAUGCCGGACCACACAGCAUUCAUUAAAGUGGUGCAGCAACUAUCGCUGCGCUUCGGCCGGGCAGGUUUUGAGCUGCAGAGAGCCGUGCGCCCGACAGCAGCGCUUUGCCACCCAGUGCAUCCAAGACGCGGCGGCCGCCAGGCCGGGUCUCCUGCUGGGGGACGACGAGUGCAGGGAGACUUUGCGCCACGAUGUUUUGUUUUCCUGCCGCAGGAAAGCUAGGCAGUCUGUUUCCACCGGACUCAACCCGCCUGAAGCAAUAGCCAUGGAAGUAGCAGCGGCACAGAGGGAGACGGAACCGCUUGGCGCGGCAUCUUUUUUGGAUGUUUUUUCUCUACACAGACGACUUCUUUCCUUCCUUGGUGGCCGUUCCCGCAGCAGCACCGGUGUGCCAGCCCAAGAGUGCCACUAACGGGCAACCCCCGGCUCCGGCUCCAACUCCAACUCCGCGCCUGUCCAUUUCCUCCCGAGCCACAGUGGUAGCCAGGAUGGAAGGCACCUCCCAGGGGGGCUUGCAGACCGUCAUGAAGUGGAAGACGGUGGUUGCCAUCUUUGUGGUUGUGGUGGUCUACCUCGUCACUGGCGGUCUUGUCUUCCGGGCAUUGGAGCAGCCCUUUGAGAGCAGCCAGAAGAAUACCAUUGCCUUGGAGAAGGCAGAAUUCCUGCGGGAUCAUGUCUGUGUGAGUCCCCAGGAGCUGGAGACAUUGAUCCAGCAUGCCCUUGAUGCUGACAAUGCGGGAGUCAGUCCAAUAGGAAACUCCUCCAACAACAGCAGCCACUGGGACCUCGGCAGUGCCUUUUUCUUUGCUGGAACUGUCAUCACCACCAUAGGGUAUGGGAAUAUUGCUCCGAGCACUGAAGGAGGCAAAAUCUUUUGUAUUUUGUAUGCCAUCUUUGGAAUUCCACUCUUUGGUUUCUUAUUGGCUGGAAUUGGAGAUCAACUUGGAACCAUCUUUGGGAAAAGCAUUGCAAGAGUGGAGAAGGUCUUUCGAAAAAAGCAAGUGAGUCAGACCAAGAUCCGGGUCAUCUCAACCAUCCUGUUCAUCUUGGCCGGCUGCAUUGUGUUUGUGACCAUCCCUGCUGUCAUCUUUAAGUAUAUCGAGGGCUGGACGGCCUUGGAGUCCAUUUACUUUGUGGUGGUCACUCUGACCACGGUGGGCUUUGGUGAUUUUGUGGCAGGGGGAAACGCUGGCAUCAAUUAUCGCGAGUGGUAUAAGCCCCUAGUGUGGUUUUGGAUCCUUGUUGGCCUUGCCUACUUUGCAGCUGUCCUCAGUAUGAUCGGAGAUUGGCUACGGGUUCUGUCCAAAAAGACAAAAGAAGAGGUGGGUGAAAUCAAGGCCCAUGCGGCGGAGUGGAAGGCUAACGUCACGGCUGAGUUCCGGGAGACACGGCGAAGGCUCAGCGUGGAGAUCCAUGAUAAGCUGCAGCGGGCAGCCACCAUCCGCAGCAUGGAGCGCCGGCGGCUGGGCCUGGACCAGCGGGCCCACUCGCUGGACAUGCUGUCCCCCGAGAAGCGCUCUGUCUUUGCCGCCCUGGACACUGGCCGCUUCAAGGCCUCAUCCCAGGAGAGCAUCAACAACCGGCCCAACAACCUACGUCUGAAGGGACCGGAGCAGUUGAACAAGCAUGGGCAAGGCGCGUCUGAGGACAACAUCAUCAACAAGUUCGGGUCCACCUCCAGACUCACCAAGAGGAAGAACAAGGACCUCAAAAAGACCUUGCCCGAGGACGUUCAGAAAAUCUACAAGACCUUCCGGAAUUACUCCCUGGAUGAGGAGAAGAAAGAGGAGGAGACAGAAAAGAUGUGUAACUCGGACAACUCUAGCACAGCCAUGCUGACAGACUGUAUCCAGCAGCACGCUGAGAUGGAGAACGGGAUGAUACCCACGGACACCAAAGACCGGGAGCUGGAGAACAACUCAUUACUUGAAGACAGAAACUAAAUGUGAAGGACAUUGGUCUUGGACUGAGCAUUGUGUGUGUGUGUGUGUGUGUGUGUGUGUGUUUUUAAUAUUCACACUGAAACACGUGCCUUAAACAGACUUAUUAGUCCAAAAUUACAUAGCAUUGAAGAAUAUAUUUCACUGUGCCAUAAACAACUGAAAGCUUGCUCUGCCAAAACGAAUCAGAAAACAAGAAGUUCAUUUCAGAUAGCAACCACAGGACACAGCAAGAGUGUCCGUGCACAUAGCCAGUUCUGGCCAUACAUGUUAAGGGCAUUGCAGUGGCAGUGCUGUACCCCUGGGCAGUGCCACCUGGGCACACACGUAGACAAGGGCAGCUAUACUUUAGACCAGCCUCCUGAAAGAAACAAUUGUGUCUUUUUAGUGGAGUCGUUAGUAAUAUGUGCAUAUGCAGAAGGGGACCUGAUUGGGGGUGAACUGGUUAUGUGUAACAAGGGUUGGAGUUGACAUUUUGGCAUGUACUCUGAGCUUGAAUUUUGAUACAAACCAUUCAGUGCAUCAUACCUAGUCUUUCUAUGCUCCAAAUGAAUGUCUGUGGGGACUUGAGAGCACCUGGAAUUUGUUGGAAGCAGAUCAGAGCACACGUAUUAAAAGGUGCAAUUGCUUUUCUCAUGACAAAAGAAAAAAAGAUAACCACAAACACAUCACACUGUGGAUACCACCUUAACCAAUGACAGAAGCCUGCUGAGUCUGGUCUUUCUCACAGGGGUAGGUAGUCCGCAUGAACUGGCGAGCAGUGGUGAAA